GGGAAUCAUAAUGGUGUUUCUGUUCUCACUUGCACUCAAACCCUAGACCAUGUCCAUCGUCCCCAGAGGCAACAAUUGCUCGGUCAUAUCGGAAGAUCCCCGCACCCGGAUCGUGUCGCCAGUUCGAACGCCAAGACAUCGCCAAGCGUCGUCAGGUAUCGCGAGUGUCUAAAGAACCACGCUGCCAACAUCGGUGGGAACGUUUACGACGGGUGCGGCGAGUUCAUGCCUAGUGGAGAAGACGGGACGCUCGAAGCGUUGAAAUGCGCUGCCUGAGACUGCCACCGGAACUUCCACCGCAAGGAGGUUGAUGGCGAGACCCAACAAUUCGGAGGUAAUCAUCUCGGUCGAAGAAGCUUGAUGCUUAAACCUCUUAAGUUGCCUCCACCUUUGCCAUCUCCAACCAUGCUGCACCACCACCACCAUCAAAAGUACACGAGCCCACCCAGUGCAAUGAUUGCACCGAUGAAUGUAGCGUUCGGCGGAGGAGGUACCGAGUCUUCCAGCGAGGAUCUCAACAUGUACCAGUACAAUCCCGAGGGAAUGCCGCCGGCACCCCCUUAUGUCUUUUCAAGAAAGAGAUUCAGAACUAAAUUCACGCAGGAACAGAAGGAUAAGAUGUCGGAAUUAGCCGAGAAACUGGGCUGGAGAAUCAACAAACAAGAUGAAGAUGAAGUGGAGAAAUUUUGCAUCGAGUACGGUAUCAAAAGGCAGGUUUUCAAGGUCUGGAUGCACAACAAGAAGAACGUGAAGAAGCCACCCCAAGAUGAGUAA